CCUAACUCAUUUUAUGUAUUUAUAUACGUUUAUACCUUCCAACAACUGCUCAUUUUUUAAAAUCCUUUUAAUUUCAGAGCUAGUUUAGUGACGUCACUAGGUGGCGAUGUAGUUUAAAAAAUAGAAUUUGAUGAGGGUCCAAUUUUUUUCAGGGCAAAAAUAAAUGGCUUAGAAUUAGUUUAAUGACAAAAUAAAUAAAUAAUUAAAUUUAGAUUUUUUUUGUGAGUUUUUUUGUUUUUAUUUUUGCAAAUCCAGAUUUAUUUGGGUGAGCUAAAUACACUACUUUUGGUUGAAGUAUUUCUACAUAGUGUUAUCAUUUAUAAUAACAUUUUAAAGUUAAUAUUAGUGUUAUUUAUAGCUCUAUUGUCGUUCACACAGACAACUCCCUUUUUCCAUUAAGAAAAGACGUGCCUCCGUUGAGGGCGGGGCCACGCACAGGCACGUUCCCGGCCCCGGAGGCGCGCUCCCGUGCCCCGUCCUCCUCAGUGACUCCGGAGGCGCGGCUCGGCUCGGCUCUGCGUGUAAAGUUUGCCUCGUGCGUGCGCUGAGCUGUCACUCGUCUCCGCGCUCCAGCAGCACCAUGCCGCUCCUCCUGCAGACGUGGGGCUCCGCGGCCCCGCGGGGAAACUAGGCGGCUCCGCUGCGUCUGAAGAGCCGCGCGACACCCUUAUCUCUUCUGUUUGUGUCCAUUUUUAUUUUAUUUUAAUUCGUUUGUUGAAGUACGGAAGCUCCCGAGGAAAGUGACUGCAAUUUCCGUUGAAGAUGGAGACGGUGAUGGAGCGGGAGUGUAGCGCGCUGGGGGGGCUCUUCCAGACUGUCAUUGGAGACAUGAAGGGCAGUUAUCCCAUCUGGGACGAUUUCAUCAGCAAGGCCAGCAAACUACAAUCACAACUCAGGACUAGCGUCGUCGCAGUCGCCGCCUUUCUGGACGCCUUUCAAAAAGUGGCUGAUCUAGCGACCAGCAGCCGAGGAGGAACGAGGGACAUCGGUUCUGCUCUCACCAGGAUGUGCAUGAGGCAUCGCAGCAUCGAGGCCAAACUCCGCCAGUUCUCCAUGGUGUUUCUGGACUGUCUGAUCAACCCUCUGCAGGAGCAGAUGGAGGAGUGGAAGAGAGUGGCCAACGCUCUGGACAAAGAUCACGCCAAAGAGUAUAAAAAAGCGCGUCAGGAGAUCAAAAAACGAUCUUCAGACACUUUGAAGCUGCAGAAGAAAGCCAAGAAAGCUGAUGUAUUCGGCCGUGGAGACCUGCAGCCCCAGCUGGACAGCGCCAUGCAGGACGUCAGCGACCGGUACCUGCUGCUGGAGGAGACGGAGAAGCAGGCCGUGAGGAAGGCGCUGGUGGAGGAGAGGAGCCGCUUCUGCUGCUUCGUGUCCAUGCUGCGGCCCGUCGUGGAUGAGGAGAUGUCCAUGCUCGGGGAGAUCACACACCUCCAGACUCUGACGGAUGACCUGAAGACGCUCACCAUGGACCCACACAAGCUGCCCCCCUCCAGCGAACAGGUGAUUGUAGACAUGAAGGGCUCGGAGUGCACCUGGUCCUACCAAACCCCGCCCUCGUCACCGAGCACCACCGUAUCCAGGAAGUCCAGCAUGUGCAGCAGUCUGAACAGCGUGAACAGCAGCGACUCGCGCUCCAGCGGCUCCCACUGCCACUCCCCCACCUCCCACUUCCGCUACCGCGCCUCCUCCUCGUCCUCCUCGGUGCUGCCCCAGCAGACGCCCGCCCGCCUCUCCUCCGUCUCCUCCCACGACUCCGGCUUCAUCUCUCAGGACGCCUUCCAGUCCAAGUCGCCCUCACCCAUGCCGCCAGACACCCUCCAGUCCGUCAAUGAGGAGCCUUCCUCUUCCUCUUCUUCGUCCCCUUCACACCCUAACCCCAGCUCGGGGGAGCAACAGUUGCCAAACGGCUUUGACCGUCACGCUGCCCUCCAUCAGCAUGAAGCGCUGCCGCAAGCUCAGGACGCCCACCUCCACCCUCCAUACUUCACCUACUCCUCCUCCACCCACACCUCCCCCAUCUCCUCGCCCUCCUAUUCGUCCGUUUCUCCCACCUGGCCUUGGCCUCGGACAGGGGAGUUCCCACCUCUUAGCCCCUCAGGGGUCGGAAUGAUCCCGUCAUCCAGAGUCCCGUCCUGGAAGGACUGGGCCAAACCGGGCCCAUAUGACCAGCCAAUGGUCAACACUCUGAGACGCAGCAAGGAUAGAACUGCAGAUCCCAGCAGCCACCACGGUUCUGACAUCACCACAGCAGGGGAGGAGCUUCAGAGGAGCAGAGGGGGAACCUCCAGUCUGACGUCCCCAAAGGGCGAACGGGAGGCCCACGAGGAGCUGGCCCGGGUGCUGGCCCGGGGUCUUCAUUUGGACAUCCAGGGGUCCAGCAGGGACUCGCUGCAGGGCUCCAGCGGCUACAGCAGUCAGACCAACACACCCUGCUGCUCCGAGGACAUCGGCCUGUCACAAGACUGUGAGUACUAUUCCGUAGGCACGGAUCAGGAAGCCGAGCAUCAGCAUCCGACCUCCGACUUCGACAAGUCUUCCACCAUCCCGAGGGGGGUUGACGUCAGCCAGUCGUACCGCCGCAUGUUUCAGUCCAAACGUCCUGCUUCCACUGCCGGCCUUCCCGCCAACCCCUCCUCUAUAAUCACCCCCGGGGUCGCCACGAUUCGUCGGACUCCGUCCUCCAAACCCAACCUGCGGCGACCUUCUGGGGGCCUCAGUCUGGGCCCCAUUCCCAUCAAACCCCCCAUGAUCCCGGUGAAGACCCCGACCGUGCCUGAUCACCCCGGUUUCCCCAACAGAGCCGCGUCAGAGGACGGAAACACACCUCGAACCCCCACCAGCCCUUUGUCCCCCGGCAUCAGCGGCCAUUUCUCCUCUAAGCCCGCCGCCUGGCUGGCCCAGCAUCUUGACGAGGGAUCGGACCCUCCCACCCCCCCGCCGCAGCCAGGCAGUCGGGUGUGCGAGUGGGAGCGCAGGCGCCUCCCGGAGCUCCUGGAGGAGGUGGAAUACGGAGAGGCGGAGGACUAUCUGGUGAAGAUUCGACGAGGCGUCAAGCUGAAAAAGACGACGACCGACGACCGAUCGGCACCAAGCAUUCACUGACGCCGCAUGGGGGAGGGGCGGAUAACGUUGAGUGUCCCAGGAUGAACACCGUGACACAAAAUGACCGCCGCCAAAAACGGGAACUAGAACUCGGACAGUGCCAAAACGGGAAGUUGCAGAGAAGUUUUGAAGGGGACUAUCUUGACUCUGGCUAAAUACGAUCAUUUGAAUGAUCAAAACAGAUAAAUCUAUAAGAAACGUUAAGAAUCGAGUUUAUUACUUGUAGAAUACGGAAAGCUGUUUGGGUUUUGUUGUUGCACAGUUUGAAUGCGCACUAAGGUACCUAAAGACUAAAAUGUUCCACUUUGAAUCAGCUGGAGAACGGACUUGUAAAGAAAACCCUUUAAGUUAAAGCUCCUCGUGAGGACGUUUGCAGGAGGAGACGAAAUCUUCACCGAACAAAGAACAAGAAAUCCUUCUGGGACUGAGGGAGAGAUGGAAGGUCAGAUGUCAGAGAAGAAGAAAAUAAAAACGAAAGUUUUCCGACAUAACGACUGAAGACUGUAUUUUGAAAAGAUCAAACAGGAUUUGUAAGUGCACAUUUAGACAGGUUUGUACUUUUUCUUUGUCUUUAGCCCACUAUUUCACUUAAGGUGCCAAAUGCCUUUUUGGCUGAGAAGAACUUUUCUUUAUAUUUUAUUUUGUUGUAAGAAUAAACAAGAGGUGUUUGAGAGAGAAA